UUCACCCGCAUUCCUUAGUUUGGAAGCUGGCUGAAAAUCAGUGGAUAAAGAUUGGCAGAUAUAUAGCUAUACCUCUCUUCCUCUCUCUUCCAGACCUAUCGCGAUCUGCUUACCACAAAAUAUCGUCCAUUUAUCAAUUAAUCACUCGAAUUUAAUGUUUAAUUGAACAUCACAAUCGACAUUGGAGGAGCUUCGUGAAUUUUUAUCCCUUUCUCCGGUUUUGGGAAGCUUUCUUGCAGGUUUCUUUCUCCGUAGGUCAUGUCCCAUCAGGUAGGAAAUGAAGCUGAUGACAUGGAAGAGGAAUAUGAAAUGGAAGAUGCUGAUGAUGAUAUGGAUGAUGAGUUCCAUGGCAGGGAUGCUGGUGGCUCAGAUUCUGAUAUGGAUGAAUAUGACUAUAUGAAUAACAGAAUGCAAGAUACAACGGCGGCCCAAGCUAGGAAGGGGAGAGAUAUUCAAGGGAUUCCCUGGGAGAGGCUCAGCAUAACAAGAGAGAAGUAUAGGCAGACUAGACUAGAACAGUAUAAGAAUUAUGAGAACAUUCCUCAAUCUGGAGAGGGAUCAGAAAAGGAAUGCAAAACCACUGAGAAAGGGGCCUUGUACUAUGCAUUCAGACGAAAUUCAAGAUCUGUGAAAUCGACCAUUUUACAUUUUCAGUUGAGAAAUUUGGUAUGGGCUACAUCAAAGCAUGAUGUUUACCUUAUGUCACAUUUCUCAGUUAUGCAUUGGUCAUCUUUAACAUGCACCAAGUCUGAAGUUCUUAAUGUCUCGGGACAUGUAGCACCUUGUGAGAAACACCCUGGAAGCUUGUUGGAAGGAUUUACGCAGACCCAGGUCAGUACACUAGCAGUGAAAGAUAAGUUGCUGGUUGCUGGAGGAUUUCAGGGAGAACUUAUAUGCAAGUAUCUAGAUAGACCAGGAGUUUCUUAUUGCACACGGAUGACCUAUGAUGAUAAUGCCAUUACGAAUGCGGUUGAGAUAUAUACAUCUAGCAGUGGUGCAGUGCAUUUUGUAGCUUCAAAUAAUGAUAGUGGAGUUAGAGACUUCGAUAUGGAAAAAUUUCAACAGUCUAACCAUCUUCGUUUCCCAUGGCCAGUUAAUCAUACUUCUCUAAGUCCUGAUGGUAAGCUUCUCAUAAUUGUUGGAGAUGAUCCAGAAGGUAUAUUGGUGGAUUCCAGGAGCGGGAAGGCAAUUACAUAUUUGCAUGGCCACUUGGACUACUCAUUUGCAUCAGCAUGGCGUCCUGAUGGCAUAACAUUUGCUACUGGGAACCAGGAUAAAACCUGUCGAAUUUGGGAUAUUCGAAAUCUAUCCAAGUCAGUUACUGCCUUGAAGGGAAACCUGGGAGCUAUUCGAUCCAUCCGCUACACAUCCGAUGGCAGAUUUAUCGCCAUGGCAGAGCCUGCAGAUUUCGUCCAUGUUUUUGAUGUUGAAAGUGGGUACGAGAAGGAACAGGAAAUUGAUUUCUUUGGUGAGAUAUCUGGCAUCUCGUUUAGUCCCGAUACAGAGUCUCUUUUUGUUGGAGUCUGGGACCGUACGUAUGGUAGCCUUCUUGAGUUUGGCAGACGCAGGAACUACUCAUACCUUGACACUCUUAUCUAAUCUUGUCUUAUCAACGGCAGGAUAAGUGUGUGGGCAUGCCUCUUUUAUACCUUUUGUGCAGUCCUCAACAGGGGUCGAGGGUGUAUAGUGAGUGAUGUUGUGCAAUGGAACUUUAUCCGUGUAUUAGUUUAUAGUGGCCUGUGAGUGUCAAUAAGGUGGUAAAAGGGAGAGAGUUGUAUAGUAGGGUAGGUCGUGAACAUUAGCAGAAGUUGAGGUGGGGUUCUCCACUGCCUUCUGUAAUUUAGUUGAGGUUUUCAUUUGCAUCCCACUGGCACUGGGAAGCCUUCUCUGUCUGGGUGUCUGAAGUAUGGUAUGUGAGUUUCUCAUGAUUAAUUUCAAAACUAAUUGGGGAGCGUUUGACUUGU